GCCAAGAGGAAGGAACAAGGCACGUAAGAAUUAAAACGCCGGUGAACGGCGAGAAAGUUUGGUGUAUCCACAAGUUUUAACCUUUUUGUAAUUUAAUUCAACCAGUGGAAGAUUAAGAAAAUCUAGAAGAUGGCUGUGAACGUUUACUCCACAUCUGUGACCGGCGACAACCUUAGUCGCCAUGAUAUGCUUUCUUGGAUCAACGAGUCUGUACAGAUGAACUACGCCAAGAUUGAGCAGUUGUGCUCAGGUGCCGCUUACUGUCAGUUCAUGGACAUGCUUUUCCCUGGAUGCAUCCCUUUGAAGAAGGUAAAAUUUCAGGCAAAACUAGAGACUGAGUUCCUCCACAACUUCAAACUUCUGCAGACCAGUUUUAAGAAGAUUGGGGUUGACAAGAUCAUUCCUGUGGAUAAAUUGAUAAAAGGCAAGUUCCAGGACAACUUUGAGUUUGUGCAGUGGUUCAAGAAAUUAUUUGAUGCCAACUACGAUGGAAAGGAGUAUGACCCACUCGGUGCUCGCCAGGGCCAGGACACUGCUCCUACACCCAACCCAGGGCAGGUCGCAUCCAAGCCAAGGAAGCCCACCACUGCUCCCACGAGGUCUACAACGACAGUAACCAAACCCCCGCCCAGGUCAGCAGGGAGUGCUUUGCGGAGGCCCGGCGGGGCAGAGGACGUGGAAAGGGUGGAGCUAGCCCAGGAGGUCAGUUCCCUGAAGGCCACUGUCCAGGACAUGGAGAAAGAGAGAGACUUUUAUUUUGGAAAGCUGAGGUCCAUUGAGGUCAUCUGCCAAGAAGUGGAUGGAGAGGCAGAUACAACUAUGCAGAAGAUUAUGGAUGUUCUAUACGCCACUGAUGAGGGGUUUGUUAUUCCUGAUGCUGAAGGAGAAGAACCAGAAGAGUUCUGAUGAAAAUGGACACAACUGCAGUUCAUACCUUAAUCACACACUUCAAUACACACACACAAGUUUGCAUGUGCAACGUUCAUGCGCACUCUUUGGGUCUAAUGAACAUGCACUUACUCACACUGUGGAUUAAGUUGCCUCUGGAUUAUACACUGCCUGCCACCUUGGUCCAAGUGUUUGUUGGACCAAGUGUUAUUUUUUUUUUUUUGGACCAUAAAAUAAAUUUCAGAGACCCUGCUAAUCCAGCCACCAGAGAAGAAGAACCCUGGAUAAAAUUCCAAUGGGUUUUUAUUUUCUGGGGGUUUUCUGCCUUGUUCUUAUUCUGGCCUUUUCUGUGCCUUUAAAUUUAGGCCUGUUACUUUUGAAAUGUGUUCAGGUUGUCUUUUUAUUCCUUAUAUAUUUCCAAUUGACCUAAACAGUACUGUACUAGAUUAUUUUGAUAUGAUAUUUGCAAAUAUGAGUAAUUCUUAAAUAUAUAUGAAUGUAUACUCUGCCAAUUGAAAUUAUUGUAAUUUUUAUGGUAUGUUUACACACAUUCAUUAUAUACUUAAGAGUUAAUUUGUGGUUUAGGCGAUCAGCGUUUGUAUUUAGUUUGUUUUUUAUCUCCGCAGGUAUUCAUCACAUUACUUUUUUGAUUUUUCAAUGAAAUUAAGUGUUUUUAUUGAGCACCUUAAAUAAAAAAAAGAAUGUACUUCUUACCUAAAAGCAAAAUUAUAAGACUCAUUCUGCCAUUUGUGUAUUGUAUGUAGGCUAGAGUUGCACUCCACUGACCUGUGUUCUAAUUUACUUCCUCAUGUAAGCCAAAGACAGGAUGUAUGGUUGCCAGUCCACACAGUGAAGAAAUACAUCCCUCUAGUCUACAGUUAGAGCAGAACUAUACACUCUUAGCAGAGGAACUGAGAGCUCUCUUUUAGUAGGAAGUCUGUUUGUGAAUUUAUUAGCAAUAUAAGGCUUCUACAGGCAUCACUUUUCUUUAAAAAUCAAGGUUUGAUUGGAAAAACUAGAUGUGUUUUUUAGGUUGAAGAAAUAACUUUUUAACUUCUAUGUGAUGUUAACUGAAAUUGAUUUAGAAUGUGUAUAUUUAUCUGCUCAUUAAAAUGUCCUGAC